AUGGACAACGCCAGUGUUCCUCAGCAUACGCAGAUCCAAGAGCACACCGAGGCAACAACUUUUGAGGCAAUCCAUCCCAACCGCAACCACGCCCACCGCGACGACGCCAGCGUCAGGACUGCAUCUAUCACCGAAAGCACUGCGCGCAACUCGGCCAACAACGAAAAGGGCUUCAGCAAUGUCACGGGUGGGGUUGACAUCCAACGUGCCGAGGCCGAUUUUGCGGAACUAUCAAAAGAGCUCUCCCGUGCUAGCAACAUCUCGCGCCGAUUAAGUCGCGUACAGAGCAAGCAGAGUCGCAAAGACAAAGUUGUCACAGACGUAGAGAAGGCCACUGUUGCAGGUUCCGACUCCUCCGAUGAGGCCUUCGACCUCGAAGCCACUUUGCGCGGUGGCAAAGACGAGGAAGAGGCAGCGGGUAUCAAGUCGAAGCGCAUUGGUGUUGUGUGGGACGGUCUCACCGUUAGCGGUAUCGGUGGUGUCAAGAACUACGUCAAAACCUUCCCUGACGCCUUUGUAUCGUUUUUCAAUGUCUUCGAAACCGCCGCCAACAUUCUCGGCCUUGGCAAGAAGGGAAAGGAGUUCGACAUCCUGAAGGACUUCAAGGGUGUCGUCAAGCCUGGCGAGAUGGUGCUGGUCCUAGGAAAGCCAGGCAGCGGUUGUACCACAUUCCUCAAGGUCAUCAGCAACCAGCGAUACGGAUACACCAAGGUUGAUGGAAACGUCCUAUACGGUCCAUUCGAUGCCGACUUCUUCGAGAAGAGGUACAGGGGUGAGGCGGUAUACUGCGAGGAGGAUGAGAACCACCACCCUACACUCACCGUCGGACAGACACUCGACUUCGCGCUCGAGACCAAGGUACCUGGAAAGCGCCCAGCCGGACUCUCAAGACAAGACUUCAAGGAGAAGGUCAUCGACCUCAUGCUCAAGAUGUUCAACAUCGAGCACACGCGCAACACCAUUUCCGAGGCCGCUGCCAGGCUCGAUGCUGAGAUGGUAGCGUACAAGGCACAGAUGGACCAGGAGAAGCACGUCUACGAUGACUUCCAGCUAGCCGUCAAGGAGUCCAAGCGCCAUGCACCCCAGAAGUCUGUCUACUCGAUUCCUUUCUACCUGCAAGUCUGGGCCUUGGCGAAGCGUCAAUUCUUGCUCAAAUGGCAGGACAAGUUCGCCCUCGUUGUCUCUUGGAUCACCUCCAUCUCUAUUGCCAUCAUUACCGGUACCGUCUGGCUCGAUCUCCCUGAUACCUCUGCAGGCGCCUUCACUCGUGGUGGUGUUCUCUUCAUUGCUCUGCUCUUCAACGCUUUCCAGGCUUUCUCCGAAUUGGCAUCCACCAUGUUAGGCAGGCCAAUCAUCAACAAACAUCGUGCUUUUACAUUCCAUCGACCGUCAGCCCUUUGGAUAGCCCAGAUUGGUGUCGAUCUCCUGUUUGCAUCCGUGCAGAUUCUGGUCUUUUCCAUCAUCGUGUACUUCAUGACGAACCUGGUGCGAGAUGCCGGAGCUUUCUUCACAUUCGCGUUGGUCAUCAUCACUGGUUAUCUGGCUAUGACACUGUUCUUCCGAACGGUUGGAUGUCUCUGUCCAGAUUUCGAUGUCGCGAUUCGUCUAGCUGCUACAAUCAUCACAUUGUUCGUACUCACUUCCGGUUACCUUAUCCAGUGGCAAUCCGAGCAAGUCUGGCUUCGAUGGAUCUUCUACAUCAACGCUUUAGGAUUGGGUUUCUCUGCUCUCAUGAUGAAUGAGUUCAGCCGCCUGGACUUGACCUGUGCCGGUAGCUCCCUGGUUCCUUCUGGACCUGGUUACGACGACCUCAGCGCCCAGGUUUGUACGCUACCUGGUAGUGAAGCUGGUAACCCCAUCGUGUCUGGUACCAACUACAUCAAGACAUCGUUCUCUUGGGACCCUUCAGAUCUCUGGAUGCACUACGGUAUCAUGGUCGCCCUCAUCGUCGGAUUCCUUCUCGCCAACGCCUUCCUCGGAGAGUUCGUCAAGUGGGGUGCUGGUGGCCGUACAGUCACAUUCUUCGUCAAAGAGAACAAAGAACUCAAGGAACUGAACGCCAAGUUGCAAGAGAAGCGCGACAAGCGUAACCGUAAGGAAGACAGCAGUGACAAGGACUCGGAUCUGAACAUUGCUUCCAAGGCUGUUCUCACAUGGGAGGACCUUUGCUACGACGUUCCUGUUCCUAGCGGAGAGCUCCGCCUGCUCAACAACAUCUACGGAUACGUCAAGCCCGGACAACUGACAGCGCUCAUGGACGCUGUCGGUGCUGGUUCUGCUCCUCGUAUCGGAGACAAGGAUUGGGCUGAUGUUUGGCGGGACUCUGAGGAGUUCGCGGAGGUCAAGCGCCACAUCGUCGAGGUCAAGGAAGAACGCAUGGCUGCCGUUGGCUCCGCCGAGCCAGUUGAACAACAGGAGUACGCUACACCACUCUCUUACCAGAUCAAGCAGGUUGUCAAACGCCAAAACCUGUCUUUCUGGCGCACUCCCAACUACGGCUUCACCCGUCUCUUCAACCACGUCAUCAUCGCUCUACUCACAGGUCUCAUGUACCUCCAGCUCGACGAUUCCCGAUCAUCCCUGCAAUACCGUGUCUUCAUCAUCUUCCAGGUUACCGUUCUGCCUGCUCUGAUUCUCGCUCAGGUCGAACCCAAGUACGCCGUUCAGCGUAUGAUCUCUUUCCGCGAGCAGAUGUCCAAGGCAUACAAGACGUUCCCCUUCGCCUUGUCUAUGGUGCUUGCUGAGAUGCCGUAUAGCGUCCUCUGUGCUGUCUUCUUCUUCAUCCCUCUUUAUUACAUCCCCGGACUGAACCCCGACAGCUCGCGCGCCGGAUACCAGUUCCUCAUCGUGCUCAUCACAGAGGUCUUCUCCGUCACCUUGGCUCAGGCGAUUGCUGCGCUGACACCGUCCCCAUUCAUCGCUUCCUACGUGAACCCCUUUAUCAUCAUCAUUUUCGCCCUCUUCUGUGGUGUCACAAUCCCCAAGCCCCAGAUUCCCAAGUUCUGGCGCGUGUGGCUCUACGAGCUCAACCCCUUCACACGCCUUAUUGGUGGCAUGAUCGUCACUGAGCUUCACGACCUCUCCGUCGAAUGUACAUCCGGCGAGUACAACCAGUUCAACGCCCCACAGGGUCAGGAUUGUGGAUCAUACAUGGGCGACUUCUUCUCCAACGGCGCACCUGGCUACCUCCUCGACAACGCAACCUCCGCCUGUAACUACUGCGCCUAUAAGGUUGGUGAUGAGUUCUACCAACCGCUUGGAUACGAGUUCAGCAACAGGUGGAGAGAUCUGGGUAUUUUUGCUGCGUUUAUUGCUAGUAAUUUGGUUAUUCUUUUCGUUGCUGCGAAGUACCUCAACUUCAACCGCAGAUAA